AUGAGUAAGGAGAGAAGGAAUAGAUCCAGUAAUGGAUGCUUAACAUGUCGAAAACGCAGGAAGAAAUGUGAUGAGUUAGCAUACCCAACGUGUCAGAACUGUGACAAGAAAGGUUUAGAUUGUACCUGGUCAGAAAAAACCAUCGAACUUCACAAAUCCAUGAACAAUGUGAAAUAUUUUGGCGAUGAUGACAAAAAGCAUAAAAAGAGAGGUAAAAUAAAGGAAUCUGGUGAUGUAGCUGAUGUUCCAAUAACUGAUCGUGAACCCAGCUUACUUUCUGAAUCUUCAUACACUGAAAGUGAAACUAAGAAUAUUUCCCCAUUAACAAAUACCGAAGCUCAUACAGAACUUCACACUAAAGUACGCACAAUACAUACCAAAGGAGACUCCACUGAAGACCUACGAUUGCCUGAUUUGAUAAAAGAUAUUCCCAACUACAAAACUGACAAAUACGAUUUUGAUUUUGGUACUGUGGAAGAAGUAAACCUUAAUGAUUAUAUAGAUUUCCAUGAUAAAAAAAGUUUCCUCGAAAGAAUAGCAUUACAACAAGAUAUUGUUGAUGAGUAG